AUCGCACAUCCUCUUCCAUCACCCCCAUCCACUUGCAUCCUCCCGUCCUUGCUUGCAUCCGCUUCGACAGGCCUGGGCGCUGGAGAGUGUGCAAUUCAAUUUGUGUCAUUCCAGACAGAGCAGAUCAGGGCAGGGAAGCAAGUAACGUCAGCCUAACCGCCACCCUCGCCAUGCCAGCAACGGGUUCGACAGCAGCCAUGCGCUCGCCUGGAAUCAGCACGCCCUCGCGGCCCUCGGGCCACGUCCGGCACGACUCCAACACCUCAUCCCACUCCGAAUCUGGGUCCACGCACUCCCAACCGAGCAGCAGCCGCGCCGGCGGAUCCCCGUGCGCCGCCCCCCUCCCCGCCGCUUCGUUCUCGUCCUCCACCACGGCAGUAGACUCGCCGGUGCCUGUAGCUCUCUCCCGCUCCUCGUCCGCAUCCCUCUCCAAGCGCGGAGGCAACAAGGCUGACCCGCACGUCCCCGCGCCUGUCUCACGCGAUACGGCGCUGCGCGAGUCCAAGAGCCAGGACGACUGCAGUGGCUUCACACCCGGCGGACCAGUACCGAGGGGGUACAGCUACCUCGGCCGCAGCAACAGCGUCGUCACCACCAGCCGCAGGACCGUACUGCCCACGGCGGCCAAAGGCAUGCACCAAAGCACCGGUAGCAAAUCAUCCGCCCCAGCAUCCUCCUCGUCCUCGCUUCCUCCCCCAUCUCCGCCCACAUACCCCUCUUCGCCGCCGCAAGAGCACGGGCACGAGCUAGCGCCGCAGCCGCGCACGCGCGCCCUCCCUCCAACACCCUCGCCUACCGCGGCGAUCGCUAUGGCCUCUGCUGCCGCCGUGCACGGUGACAUUACCUCGGCCGAGGCGGCCGCCGCCAUGACGGCGGGCAACCGCGUCAACGUCGUCCAGCACGCCGAUGCGGGCGCGUCACGCCCGCCGCCCACUGCCGCGGACGACCGCAUCGCCGCUAUGGCCAGAGUUCUUCCUGCAAACCCCAAGGUCUGGACGCCAUCGCAGGUCUCGCUGUACCUGCACUCGGUCCUGCGCCUCGUCCCACAGCCGAUCAUUGCAGACGUCACCGCGUACGUUGUCAGCUCACACAUGGGCGGCAAGGUGUUUCUGCGCCUGCGCGAGGAGGACCUCGAGGCCGAGGGCCUCAACAUCCGCUGGCGCCGCCUCAUGAUGGAGGCCGUCCGCAAGCUGAGGCGGGACUGCCUCAAGGGCCGCAUCUGGGGAUUUGAAGGCGCCCGAUACGAGCCCUCUGCUACCGCAACCGCAGCAGCACCAAGUGGGCUGUGCCUCGAUCCGCGCUCUUCUCCUUCUCUUUCGUCUUCGUCUCCGUCUUCGUCUUCGUUUUCUUCAACUCUUUCGUUCGAUGCAGACUUCGGCGGCGAUGCCGCAGUCGACGAGGACGAAGGCGUGGCCGUCGCCGUGCAGGAGGCCAUCGCCGCAUGGAACGCGCACGGGCGUUCGCAUGUCACCGACGACGGACUCCCCUCGCCGUCGUCGUCCAGCACGAACCGCGACACGCUCAAGCGCCUGCGCGACAAGAAGCAGAUCCGUGGUGUCAUUGCCGCGUUCGAAGCGCAGCAGCUACAGCUGCCGACCGACGAGCGUGACGAAGACGAGGACGGCGGCGGCUUCGUCGCGCUCAGUCGCCAAGACUCGGCGUGCAGCUUGCGCGAGCAGUGGCAGCGCGAGGUGGACCAGCAGCAGCAGCAGAGCAGCACGCGCGCGGACAGGGUCAGAGAAGAACUGGCGCACGCAUACGCUGACCAGUCCGGCUGGGUCCGCUGCCGGGCGCAGAGCUACUCGAGCCUGCAAGACGAGUACGAGCAGAGCGGCGUCGGCUUCAAGCGAGCAGCAGCUGCCGUUGAAGACGGCAGCCAAGACGCCGCCACCACGCCACCUACAGCCAGCUUCACAGGCACGCCCAGCGAGAUCAACGCCCUAUCCGCGUCGCGGGGGCAUGCACUGCAGAAGCAGCACCGCUCGGAAAUAGGGAACGAAGAAGUGCAAGAACUGGAGCAGGAGCAGGAACACGUCUUCGUGUCUGAGCCUAGUCGCAGAGAGGCCAGCGAGCUAUCGAGCAGUAGCUCCGGCUCGGACGUGCACGAGGCGCUCACGCCCGCCGUCGACGCUGGCGGGCAAGAUCCGUUCGUCGCUUCGCACUCGAGCUCGCAGCAAACGGAGCGAGCGUCUGCUCUCGUGACUGCUGAUUCGAACGAGAAGGACUUAGCGCAGCUUGUGCAGCCAGACGCGCUUGGCUUGCUCCGUGUCCAGCCGGCUCUGCAGCAUCAAAACGAGUGCAACCUCUUCGAAGACUCGCUGUCUACAUAUCAGGCCGCCAUCCAGAUCUCGCCCCCGGCGCGCCAUGCGCCUCUGGGCAACUAUAGCCCAGCGUCAGCUGCGCACGCACUAGCACAGCCACAGCCACCUGCGCGGCCCUCGUGCACGAAAUCGCACUGCGGCUCUGACUUUGCGGAGGAGGAGCUCGCUUCGUUCCACGACGCGCAGGCCGCUGCCGCUGUGCACGAGGGAGAUGAUGACUGGGACUUUAGCUCGCCCAAGUUUGGCACCGCCCGGCGCCGCGUCAUACCCGCACUUGUGGACAUGUCUUUGCAGGACAGCGCAGCUCACUUGGCUGCCCACAGCGGCCAGCAGGGUGUCAUGCUCGCCGCACAAGCUCAGCCUACCAUCGAGGCGCGACAAAUGCAGCAUGCGCACGCGAACGAGGCCGCGAGCGAUGCAGGCGACUCGGUGCGCUCCAUGGAGCACAUGCGCAAUAUGUCGGCUCACACACAGAGUGGCUUCCAACCGUACGGCGCGCUCUCGCGCCGCAGCUCGCAGCGCGCGGUGCCUUCGUUGCUCUCUGCUACCAUUGUCGCCGAUGAGGCGGCGGAAGAGAAGCAACGAGAUGCACCAGGAAGCGUAGGCGCUUCGUCCUCUCCCUCCGCUCCCACCUCGCAGCAGCUCGCAGACAUCGUCUCGAACGCUAGUGAGAAGCCAAUCCUGAUGACGGAAGAAGAAGUGAAGCUCGUCGAAUCGCUCGGUCUCAGCGCUCGCUCGCAGGGCACGCUCGGCAGCAAGCGCAGCAAGGGUGUCGCCACGCUGCUUCGCAGGCAGGAACAGGGCGGCGGCGCCGAGACCAGUCUCGCCGGCGCUUUCGGCUCGCUUCGAAUGGCAGCGGGAGCAACCAGCGUGCCCGGCUUCAGCAAGAAGGGAGAUGCAGGCUGCUGCAGUGCCAACAGCGGCCUCGCGUCCAUCGGGUGCCGCGCCGGCAGCAGCGGCGCGCACUCGAAGAUGAUGGCGCUGUUUGACGUCCCUGAAGGCAAGGCGCCCGUUGUGCCGCCAGAAGGCUUCGACGAGCCAGAACAGGAGCAGGCCAACGUCCAGCCUGCGCCUGAGCUCCAGUCUCAGCCUGAACCCACGCUAGAGCACGAGACGAAGAUAGAGCCAGAGCCAGAACAAAUUCAAGAGAGUGUAAGUGCGCCCGAUCACGGCGUUCCUCCCACUCCCAUCGGCAGCGCGCGCUUCAAGUCUGUCAAAAUCGGCGAGAAGCUCAGUGUGCCGCUGUACAGCAUCGAGCCUUCUUCCGACGGCAAAGGUUCCACCAAGAAGCGUAGCAUGGUGCUCGUCGAGCGCAAGCGAUUCGAAAGCCUCGCGCGCCGCAUGGGCGCUUUGGAAGUUCAGAUCGCCGCGCUUGAGAGCGCCUCGCCAAAGGAGGGAGCGUCAUCGUCAUCGACACCGCACUUGCGCCAGAUGUUCGAUGAGCCACAGUUCAUUUCGCCAUCAUCCAAUGCUAGCGCCACCCGGCCAGUUGUCGCCGUCGAGGAAUGCAUCGGCAGUGAAGACGAAGACGAUGAAGACGAAGAGUUGGAGGUCGAGGCAAAGCCAAUGCUUUCGAUCGGAGCCAUUCCUUCGUAUAUGCUCGGACUCGGUGCCGGUGUCGGCUUUGUCAUCCUCAGCGAGGUGCUCGGCAAAUUCGCCGCCAGACGUUGAAAUCACCCAACGAUGGUGACCGACUCAACAAGAUUCAGAACGCGCACAAGAGGAUGCUCACGCGUACACACGACCAUUUCAUGACCUGUCACGACACCCCUUUCACGAUGUUCCUAGACAAGAAUUUCUUCUCAUCGUAACUUCGUAUUCAGUUCUUUUCUCUUUUCCUUUCUGGUAUUCCUGUGCGUAGCAAAUGCAAUCACGUUGCAAUUCGUCUC